UGUGUAUCUCUCCAUUUACAAGACUUUGAGUCACUAUCCAAAAUAAAUAAACUUUGAAAGAGUUAUAAUAGCAAAAACCUAAAUUUCGAAAAAAGAAGCGGUUUUUGAACUUUCGAGUAUCCUCUCUUCUCCUCCGUUACAGUCACAAAAACAUGUCUUCUAGGUUACUCUUACACUUCUCUCCCUCUCCCAUGGCGAACGAAGACGAAAACCUCCCCUCCUCCUCCUCAGACCCUUCUCAACAAUCACAAGACCUCAUCUCUGAGCCAUACAUGGUGGGAUUCAUCAUCGCGAACAUAGUAGGUUUAAAAUACUACUCGGGACGAAUCAACGGCCGAGAAUUAGUCGGCCUCGUCCGAGAACCCACAAAUCUCUACGACGAGAACGCAAUCAGAGUCCUCAACACUCGUUCCGUCCAAGUGGGUCACAUCGAACGCGCCGUAGCCGCCGUCCUCUCGCCGUUGAUUGAUUCACAUAAGAUCCUCGUCGAAGGUAUAGUGCCUAACACUCGCUCUGGGGCGAAUAAGUUUAAGAUUCCGUGUCAAGUUCACAUCUUUGCGAAAAUUGAGGACACGGGAGCUGUUAAAUCGGCGAUUUCGAGAGGUGGGUUGGUUUUGAUUUCGGAUUCUGAUGGGUCUUUUGGGUUGUCUGAGGCUGUGGUGGUUAAGGAAAGGAUGGGUUUUGAUGGGAAGAAGAGUGUUGAUAAGAUUUUUAAGGUUGUUGAUAAGAGUGUUAAGGGGAAGGAGAAGAUGGUUGAGGUUGAGCCGCCUAGGGAGGUUAUAAAGUCUGAGCUUUUUGCUCAUCAGAAGGAAGGUUUGGGUUGGUUGAUGAAUAGGGAGAAGUCUGGGGAGUUGCCUCCGUUUUGGGAUGAGAAAGAUGGGGAGUUUGUGAAUGUUUUGACGAAUUACAGGACGGAUAAGCGGCCUGAGGGUUUGCGUGGUGGUGUUUUUGCUGAUGAUAUGGGGUUGGGGAAGACUCUUACUUUGCUUUCGUUGAUAGCCUUUGAUAGAUAUGGUAAUGCAUCGACUAGUACGGGAGGUGAAGAGGGUUUUGAUGUUGUUGAGAAGAAGGGUAGGAAGAGAGGGAGAGGGAAGAGUAGUGAGAGUGGAGGAGCGAGGAAGAAGGUUAAGUCUGCUGAUGAGGUUAAGACUACUUUGAUUGUUUGUCCACCUUCUGUGUUUUCAGCUUGGGUUACUCAGCUGGAAGAGCAUACUGUACCGGGAAGUUUGAAGGUGUAUAUGUAUCAUGGAGGAGAAAGGACAGACGAUGUUAAUGAGCUUAUGAAGUAUGAUAUAGUGUUGACUACUUACAGCACUUUAGCUGUUGAGGAGCCUUGGGAAGAUUCUCCUGUUAAGAAGAUGGAGUGGCUGAGAAUAAUUUUGGAUGAGGCACACACUAUUAAGAAUGCUAAUGCUCAGCAGAGCAAGGCGGUUUGUAAGUUGAAGGCUUCUAGGAGAUGGGCUGUCACAGGAACUCCUAUUCAGAAUGGUUCAUUUGAUUUGUACUCUUUGAUGGCGUUUCUCAGGUUCGAGCCAUUUUCCAUUAAGACUUAUUGGCAAAGCUUGAUACAGCGUCCGCUUGGUCAAGGGAAUAAGAGUGGUCUUUCACGUUUACAGGUUUUAAUGGGGACAAUCUCGUUGCGGAGAACAAAGGAAAAGAGUUUGAUUGGUUUGCCACCAAAGACUGUUGGGACUUGUUAUGUUGAUCUUUCUGCAGAAGAACGUCAGUUAUAUGAUCACAUGGAAGGAGAAGCCAAAGGUGUUGUGCAGAACCUUAUAAACAAUGGAAGCUUGAUGCGUAACUACUCCACAGUUUUGAGUAUAAUCUUACGACUUAGACAGCUUUGUGACGAUGUUUCUCUAUGCCCUCCGGAGUUAAGAUCUUUGACCACUUUAACAUCUGUCGAAGAUGUGACUAAUAAUCCAGAGCUGCUGCAAAAGCUGGUUGCUAUAUUGCAAGAUGGAGAGGAUUUUGACUGUCCCAUUUGCAUUUCUCCACCAAGAGACAUCAUCAUCACUCGAUGUGCUCACAUUUUUUGCAGGUCCUGCAUUCUCCAGACCCUUCAAAGAACUAAACCUUCUUGCCCUCUUUGCCGUGGCUCUUUAACCCAAUCCGAUCUCUUUAAUGCUCCUCCUCCUCCGGAGACUUCAGAUAACGAUGGAGGAGACACCAAACCUGUAACCAAGUCAUCAAAGGUCACUGCUUUACUAUCACUUCUCAUGGCGUCAAGACAAGAAAACCCAAACACGAAGUCUGUUGUGUUCUCACAGUUCAAGAAGAUGCUGCUUCUACUAGAAGCCCCUCUGAAAGCUGCGGGUUUCACCGUCUUACGGUUAGAUGGGGCAAUGACUGUGAAGAAACGGACCCAAGUCAUUGGAGACUUUGGGAAACCGGAGUUAACCGGACCUGUGGUAUUGCUUGCAAGCCUCAAAGCCUCUGGUGCUGGCAUAAACCUAACUGCAGCUUCGAGAGUUUACCUGUUCGAGCCGUGGUGGAACCCUGCAGUUGAAGAACAGGCCAUGGACAGGAUUCAUAGGAUUGGGCAGAAACAGGAGGUUAAAAUGAUUAGAAUGAUUGCGAGAAACAGUAUUGAAGAGAGGGUCCUUGAGCUUCAGCAGAUGAAGAAGAAUCUUGCUAACGAAGCUUUUAAAAGAAGACGUGGGAAAGAUCAAAGAGAGGUUAACAUGGAAGACGUGAUUGCUCUCAUGUCUCUCUGAACUCUUAAUAUAAUGCCUUAGCUUUUUCCCGUUUCACCUAGAGUUUUACCGUUUUUUUGUCCUGUUCCGUUUAACAGACAUUAGCUGCAGCAUAUCGCGAACGGAUGUUUCAUUCUCGGUUAGUUUCAAUUAUGUACUGCUCCUGCCUUAGGGGAUUAUUGCAAAAGACACCUAAUCCAACUGCCACCAAUAUUACUAUUAUUAACUGUUGUUACAAGUUAACAUAGUAGGGUUAGUUGAAUGAACCUGUGAUUAA